UGUUUUCUACCCGUCUUAACACGGAUACAUACCACAGUGGUAAAACCUUCUGCUUCACGGGAUGUUUUGUAUACGUCGCUGUUUCUCUACAACAAAGGCAUCCCAGACAAAUGCAGCAGGAAUGAAUUCCUCAACCUGCUCAGUAAUAAUUUCGUAUUCUUCGCUUCGCGGACUCACAAUCUAAUCCAGUCGGGUCAAAUAAAUUGUUGCUGGACCUCGCCAGCACAGUCGUUUUUGGUUUGGGACCCCACUGCGACCCUUGACCAUAUAUUGUUCUUUCCAGUCUUUUGCGUGUUUUGAAAUGGUGCCUCGUUUUCGAAGAGAGGGAGUCUGACUCGUCUGACUAUUACCGGUCACUACUCUUCUACCGGGGAGUGACGCUGCUGGUUCCCAAUCUUACUCAUUCAAUUCUUCACAGUCCAGUUAUAACGUCCAAUACUUAAAUACCUUGAACUACCACUUGUCGACUUACGAAUUUUCAUACUAAGGAUCCAAUUAAAUUAAUCCCUGUUAGGCUUACGCUUCUAAUUUUCGGACGUACAUCUCAAAACUCCAUUUUCGAAUUUACUUCGAAAUUUGGCAACGAUUAUUCUUCCCCUCACUUCUCUAUCGUGAUUGGAGCGCCACGUUAUAAUCUCGAUCCACCGCGUCUACUUACAGAAGUACAGCUCUAGCAGCCCUGUCGCCGGAUGAGUGUGAGUAUGGGUUGCGGGUCGUCUAAGCGGACGGCUGUGAUGCCAGUAGGGGACUCCGUCGGCGAUGGUGAGGCGGCACGUGGCCCCACGCGUGGCAAAUCCGAACUGCCUGCCCUGGAGGGAGAAGACCCUCCGACGGAACAGCUGAAGGAGGGAAGCAUUCGCCCUUUGCAGAACAGCGGGAACAGAGAGCGCACGGCACAGUCACUGGCCUUUGAAGUUCCUGUAGCACAAGAAAGUAUAAUACGGAAACACCCACCUCGUCGUCUGCAGCGAUUGGAGGAUCAACAAAUAACAUUAUCACAUGAGCUACUGGACGAGAAGCAAGAGGAGGCCAAACAACGGAGGUUUCAGAUCUUAUCACAGCGAGUACAAUCAGCUAAGAGAGUACGGAAACGCUUUUUAGAUAAUGAUGAAAAUAAUGAGAAUGAAUAUGUGAUUGAAACAAUGAAGCGUGAGAACUCAACAGUGGAACUAUGACCUUUAAAAGUGUCUCCUGUAAUAAUCAGUUAAUUCCAGAUACUGGAGUCCAGUUUCUACUCUAAAGACUUUUCUGACACUGAAGCUUUCCUAUACAAAUCAAAUUUAUAUUGUUUUUGCAGGUUACAGGGUGCUAUUUUAAAAUUCAUUGAGUAAGGGUAGAUAGGAGUUGUUUUUCUUAAUAACAGUUUGAGAAAUGAAUUCAGUAUACAGCAUCAAAUGGCAGAAUAUUUGUGAAUAGUGAUUUGGAAAGGAUGUAAAGGAUGUAACAGUGCUUAUUUUAAAAUAUAAUUUUCAGGCAUUUAAUUGGGCUAUUUGAAUGCCUGGGCCAGCCAUAUUUGCUAGCUGUGCUGGAAGAAAAGUUUUGGUAGGAUGAGCAUAUGUUUUUGUUAACCAAAAUUUUUUGGACAAAAUGCCAGUUGAUUCAGGAAUGCUUCAUUGUGCAACCAUGAAGAAACAACUGUAAUUAUGACACCUAUCAGAGAAAUUAAUAAUUAAUUUAAGCAGAGCAUGGAAAGAGCUUGGGCCAUGCUUGGUGUAAGGCAAAUUUUUUUUAAAAUGGCUGGAGUUCCAUUUGCCAGUGAAUAUGUUCAGGUACCAUUUCAGCAAUAUCUGAGAAAAGCUAUGGAAAAUCUCAGUUAGAAAGUCUCAGUUUCAACUGAAGACUGAUAAGUGUGAAGAAGGAUUGCUAACCUCUUAUCUGCGUUGUCUGCUAAGAUAGAAGUUAGACCUGAGUGUAACGAGGUUAAAACUUUUCAUUGACAAAACUUCAGUUAAAGAAGUUCUUAGAGUUUUUGAAAGUUCCAUUCCACUUUUCCACUAUGGGAAAUAAACAUAGAACUUUCUGCUUAAGAAGUAAAAUUUCUGGUACUGAAUCAUUAGCUAUUGUUCCACUGACUGUUGGUACUUGUGGUUCUCACAGCAGUGAGAUUUAAUAUUAUUAUCUGGGAUUUUAUGCUGUGUAUUUUGGUACAUAGAUACUAAUAUUUUGGAGGAACUGCUGCUGCCGUCUUCAGGAUGAUUCAGAUUUGAAACACAUUAUUAUAAUACAAAUGUCCUUGUCAUUUAGAAUAAUGACAGGAAAGCAUCCCUAAGAUUAGGAGAACACAAACAGAUAUGUAACAAUAUUUAUCCAUGAUCUUGUAAAUUGAUUAGGCAAUUCUCUCAGCAAGAUUUGAGGUUCUCAUGGCACUGAAUAUCAAGACUACGGUUAUCUCUGAAUUGAUCACGUGUUGACUGGUAGAUAUGUACCAGUGUUUCAGAGGAAGCUGUCUCAAUCUUCAGGAUAGAGGAAGUGGGGUGAGAAGUAGCAGAAUGCACUGCAUCAUUUCCCAGAAGGCCGUAAUCUUAAAUAAACUCUCAGAGGCUUUAGUGAUGAUUCUUAGUCCUCUUGUUCAUCUUAACAUCAUUCUUCUGAAACAGUAUGCGCAGUCCGGAACCAACAUAAUACAUGUGUUCUUGAAAAAAUUUUAUGUAAGGUGAAAUUGUAUUAGUUGAUAAUAUUAUAUUGCAGCAUCCUUCUGCACCUCACUUAUUGUUCGACAAACGUCACUGAUUCAACCAUCUUAUGUGCAACACAUCUUUCUAAAACUUACUUAACUUUUUUCCACAUCGCACACUGCCUCUUUCUACAACUUAUUUUAAAGUUUCUCCACAUCACAGUACAUGUUUUGACCAACAGUGGUCAUCAUCAAGCGUCUAAAACUGUUGAUGAAAAUUGCUGUGCUUCCAUUUUGUUUUUUCAAUAUUUGAUGUGUAGUCCCAGCUACGCACUUACAUGUGUAUUCCACAGGGCUGGGCAGUUCUUCCUGUUGUGUUCUACCAUGUGUAUCUUUACUACACGAAUCCCCCAUUAGAAAUAAUGUAAAUGGGGGAGGGGAUGCAUUCCAGUGCCCUAACCAGAUCAACAUAUUUUAAUUCUAUAUUCUUAUUAUGAUUGCACUUUGGUUAUUGCUUGGUGGUUUUUACUUGUUUAUGUAUAUAUGGAGAAAUAAUGAUAAAUUGGAAAAAUAGUCAUGUUAGUUAAAAACAAGCUGUACUUAAAGAAAAAUGUCUUAAACCAAAUUCAUGUUGGUAAAACUUGUGUUGGAAAUUGGGUGUUUCUUCAUUAUUCCACAUGUGUACUGUGAAGAAUAGCAUUGAUAGUUCCACAGACUUCCAACAUGAGCUAAUAAAAUUAUUUAAAUACUA